AUGCGUCUGCGGUGCUUCCCUGCGCUCUUAGGCGCUGUCGCAGCUCUGCAGCCCCUCCCUCCCGUGCAAUGGUCGCAGAGCAACAGCUCGACCAGCGGAGGUUUCUCGCUGCAGGAUGCUCCCAAGACGAUAUACUUGCAGCGCUCGUUCGCAAAUGUCUCUGACACCGAGGGCCUGACGCUCAUCCCACCUACGGCAUACGAGUUCGCGCAGACGUUCAGCAAGGACCUCUCCCAGUUGUUCGGUACCAAUUGGACCGUGCAGCAAGUCGAAUCUUUCCCAGGAUCCGGCAUCUUCCUCGGCAGAUUCAAGGGCGAUACAAGCCAAUUGACGUAUGAGAACGGCGUAGCAACCGAAGAAGGGUAUGAGCUGGAAGUCAGCAAUGGAAGUGUCUUCAUUGGCGGCACCGGUUCCCGGGGCUUGUUCUGGGGAACGCGCACGCUGCUUCAAGAGUUGCUGAUUGCCAAUGGGGCGCCUCUGGAGUCGGGACGGGUCGUGGAAGCCCCAGCGUAUGCUACGCGAGGGUACAUGCUGGACGCUGGGCGGAAGUGGUAUACAGCCGAGUUCUUGAAGGAUCUCUGCACGUACGCGUCCUUUUUCAAGAUGUCAGAGUUCCACUAUCACUCUAGCGACAACUAUCCUCUGAAUCGCGGACACAAUGAAACAUGGUACGAGGUUUUCUCACAUUUCUCGCUCUACCCAGAGAACCCUGAGUUGCAGGGAAUCGUCCAGCGCCCAAACGAAACACUUUCAAGAGCAGAGUUCGAAGACUUUCAGAAACACUGCGCGCAAAGAGGCGUCACUGUCAUUCCCGAGAUCGAAGCUCCUGGUCAUUGUCUCUCAAUCACCAAGUGGAAGCCCGAGCUUGCUCUCACGAAGAAGGAUCUCUUGAACCUUUCGCAUCCGGAGGCGAUCCCCACGGUCAAGGCCAUCUGGUCCGAGUUUCUACCUUGGUUCCAGACUAAAGAAGUGCACAUUGGCGCUGACGAGUACGAUGCUACGCUAGCAGACGUCUACAUCAACUUCGUUAACGAGAUGUCUGACUUUGUGAAUUCGACAUCCGGCAAACGUGUCCGCAUUUGGGGCACCAACGAGCCCUCGGAAAACUACACAAUCUCAAAAGAUGUCAUUAUACAGCACUGGCAGUAUGGCCAAUCCGACCCAGUGCAGCUUCAAGAUGACGGAUACCAGCUGAUCAAUUCGGAGGACUGGUGGGCGUAUAUGAGCUUGAAGAAUGACCACAUGCCCAUUCUCCCAGCCCCGUACCCCCAGUUUUUCAACAACACUCGGACCUUGAACUUUGCCAAUGUGGAGGGUUGGCAAUGGGAUCCGAGCUUGUUCAACCCGGUGAAUACCACGGAACAGCUUGAGCCCGGCGCAAGUGGAAAUAAGGGUGCCAUUCUUGCGGCCUGGAGCGACAGCGGACCAGACGCAACAACGCAGCUAGAGGGGUACUAUGCUAUGCGAAACGGUAUCCCAUUAGUUGCAGCGCGGGCCUGGUCAGGUUCAAGGGGUGCCAAUGUCAGCACCAGUGACUUUGACUCGUCGCUCGAGAUGCUCACAGCAAACGCCCCGGGCCAGAAUCUUGAUCGAAGGUUCUCAACAUCGGCUCAAUACAAACCAGCAGAAGAUGACACUCCCCUUUUUUCUUGGAAGAGCUCUGGCGGCUACAGUGGAUCGAACGUGUCACUGGGUAAGGGCUCGUAUGGCCCACCAUACACCCUUUCCAUCUCAGCUUCAGGGCCUUUCACGCUGCUUGGGCCAGACACUUCGCUCUCUGUCGGCACUGUGCCAUCUAACAUCAGCGCGAACGGAACCUCAACUUUGGUUUUCUCGACCGCGGACGGUUUCCCAUACCCCCUCCGCUCCACGUCCGAAUCAGACGGCCAUGAUCCUGGCCACCCAGGGCGCAUCUGGUGGAAUCUCACGAGCUCCACCCACCACCCUGUACCCAUCACAUUCCCAGCGAACAUUCGCAUCGAGACGGACGUCGUCAACGGGAGCAGAGUCUGGGUCGAUGAUGAGUUCAAGGGUCGUUACGAGGUGUUUGUCUUUGGGGGGAGAAAUACAAUCUUCAGCUGGAGUCAAAUGGCAUUGGUCGCUCCGCUACAGAGUGCAAGCGGCGGGUUGGAGAGCGUUGUGCUCGCGGCGGGCAUUGGAGGCUCAGGAGGAAAUGGAUCAAGCGGGACCUUACCUGGUGGGCCGUCGAACAGUGGAACUGGCCGUCUUGUUGGCUUUUCUACGGCAGCCGCUGGACUGGCUGUCCUGAUCGGGAUGGUCCUGAUGCGAAGUGGAUGGUGA